AUGGCUGGUGCCUUGGAAAAUUUUGUUUCAGCUCUUGAGAAGGCUGGUGUCCGUGAACUUUGUGAGCACUUAACGUCUAAGCUGAUAGCUCAGUCCAUGCCGAUGUCGGGUAUUCCUAUCAUAUUGAUGGCUAUUAGAAAAGUGCAGGAUUCUCCUGCACAUCUGACUUCCCUUCACGUUAACUUGUGCCAAGCUCUUAUGCUGCCCUCUCCGUCUUGUUACCCAAUUAUCUUGGAAGCUGCAAAGAAGUAUAUCAUUGUUUCACUUAUCCAUAAUGGCCAUUUUGCCCUUGACGUUUACAAGAAACUGGCCGAUGCGUUUGCUGAACCAGACCCGACUGUCCUUGCACGGGUAGUCGAAGAAAAUAUGGCGACAUUCGUCCUGGAUAAGAACUACGGUCUUGUGAAGCAGCUCUUCGAUUAUCACAUAAAAAGCAGAAUUCAAAACUUGACAAAGACUUUUAUGUCAUUAUCCCUGAAAGAUUUGGCUGCAAGAGUUCACUUAAGUGGUCCCAAGGAGGCAGAACGUCACCUGCUUGAAAUGAUUGCCUCAAAGUCAAUAUUUGUAAAGAUUGACCAAAGGAAUGGUACCAUUCGUUUUCUCGACAACCCCGAGCAAUAUGACUCCCCCGAAAUGCUCAAGUUACUCUCGGAUAAGAUGAACGCAGCAAUGAACUUGCAAAAGAAUUUGUUGCAGAUAUCUGAUCACUCAGUCGUAGAGGAUGCAACCGAAAUCAAAAAGGAACGGAUUAGAGAAUUAAGAGAGAACCGACGGGCCCAAAUCGAUGAUCGUCAUAUGACCAUUCUGAAUCGGCUUGAGGGGGGGUUUGGCAUCGAUGCACAGACUGCUUCGGAGUGGCUUCUCGAUGCCGGACAAUUAGAGGCCCUGAACGUUUUCUUCGAGGCGAAUGGAGCAAGUGUUCUGAUGAUCACCUAUGCUGAUCAGAACUUUAACGUGCAAAGUACUGCUAAAGAAGCUUUCAGGAUUCAGAAGAAAACUCUUCGCGGAACUAAGCGGUACUUUUUCCACAAUGGCCAACUUCCGCUAAAGGCGGAGACCUAUGUUCUUAUGCGUGUCUUUUUCGAAGGAAAAAUAACCAGUAGUAAUCUCAAUCAAGAAACAUUUUCAUGCAAAUUGGAUCCGGCAGCUGGUUUUGUACAGCCCAUACACGACUACCUCGCGAAGUACGUCUUUCCUGGAGUCAAGGCGCAGAAGGCCAACUUGCGUCAACUCACUGCCCGAGAACACGUGGAGUAUUGUGAUUUCCUGGCCAGUUACCUCAACAGCCUAGAGACUAUUAUAACUUGCUCCCAACAGCACGUAACCCUACCACCUUACCAGCUUCACGAACAAGCCCAUUUUACUGAUAUCGAAGGACUCAUCUCCCUUUCGAGGACGCCAGAAGGACUGAGUCUGCUUGAAGAGAAUGCAAGCGCUUGGAUGAAAAAAAUUGACGCUGUAAGCAUUCUUGACUGGCUAGAGUUGACUCAAGCUCCUAUUCCUUAUAUAAUUAUUCUCGAAGCUAAAUCAGUGGAGCUGAUUCGUGUAGAAAAAGACCAGACAGGCCCCGAUGGAGAAUUCCGAUUUUGGAAAUAUCAGAUGACACGAAUGAACUCCCUAGUGCAAGAAUUGGGAAGGCCCGACAUCAAAAAUGUAAUCGCGGUGCUCACUCAAGCAAAGUCAAAUAUUAUACCGACAUGGCUGGAGCUGGACAAGAAGAUUAAGUAUGCCUAUGCUGAAGCCAGUGGAAAUGUCAAGUACCUUAGCACGAUAGAAAGACUCUGUUCUCCACUGCGUGCUGCGGAUCUCAAAACCAUUAUUUCUCGAAUGCCGAGCCUGAUGAAAGCACUUGGAUUACUCUAUCAGUGUUCAACUUUCUACAAUACUUACUCCAAUAUGACAGUUCUUUUGGUAAAACGUCUUGAUUACCUUACAAGGGUGCUCAAAACUUUGAAGCAAUAUUCGCUAAUCCGUGACUUCGUCCUCGAAGGUAAGGAUCCGCUUAUCAACAGGCUUGAUCGACUCAAUAAUAUGAUCGUUUCCAAACCCUACGACUAUCUUGACCACCGAAACUCAAUGUUCGAAACCGAUUACGAAGAUUUCAAAGAAAAAAUAUCUGAAAUCCAUAGUAUGCUACUGAACACCAUCAAUACCAAUUUUAAUAAGUCAAAUGGUCUGAUGAACGCAGUUACCAUGCAGGAAGGGUUGGAGACUAUUGAAAUUCCAGGCCUGGAGCACGGUGAGCGGUAUCGUCAGCUGUGCUUUAAGUUGUUGCACGAAAUAGGGACCAUCAUGGAACUGUUUCAGUCUAGUUUUGGGUCCCCUCCGAUGGAACGAAACAUGCCACACUUUGCUGGUCGCAUUGCUUGGGCUAGAAAUCUGUACCGACGCCUUGAGGACCCAAUGAAUGUCAUUUGUACGAAAGCAGCAAGAGCCCUUGUUUCUUCCGAGGGUCAAGAGAUUGUCUCCGCUUACAAUGAUGCUGCCUCGAAACUUGUCAGCUAUGAGAUUACCGUCUACCAGACCUGGUCAAAACUCAUUUUCAAAAAGCUGAAUGGUCUCUCAGCUUCACUUAUCGUCUACAACGAACAGCCUCAGCCAUUUGGCCGACUCUUCGUUAACUUGGAUCCUGACAUAAUUGGCCUUCUACGAGAGAUUUUCGUCUUGGACAAACUCCAGUGUCCCAUUCCUCAAUUUGCUAAAGAAAUUCUUUUUAAAGCUGACUUUAUCAAACACCACUAUGAGCAGCUCAAAUACCUGUGUGACAGAUACGUCCAGAUUACCAGCACAAUACCUAAGGAAUACCAUGUAAUGGCUAUACCCACUAUGAUGAGAAUCAAUCGAGCUCUUGAACCCGGGAUGUAUCUGCACAACUGGCACAGCACCAAGAUCAUGAGCUAUAUCAAUAAUGUCUUGAGUGUUUUGAAUGACUUUGAACGGCUGCUCAAGCAACUUGCUGACAUUCGCACCAACAGGAUCGACCAUGUGCUGUCUGAGCUCAGCCAUACGAAAAUGCUCGUUUUGCCGGGACCGGAAGAGCCGACACCGGAGAUUUUCGAACUCGUUCACAUGGCCAAGAGUCAGAUCACCACAGCCGCAGAACGUAUGAACGCUUUGACUACUACCGCACUUAAGGCCACUGUUGAGAUGCUUAAUCUGCUCCUAGAAGACUAUGACAAAUAUGUCGAUCAGAAUAACCUUGCGAAAGCGAUUGCCGAAGAAGUCCAAAUCCGAUAUGCUCAUAUGGAAAGCCAGGACCCAAGUGGAGCACCAAGUCGCCCGAAACCGGUGGCAACGACUAGUAGCCCGGUAGACAAGGACGCAGCGGAUGCAAAUGCAGCAGUGACCUCCGAUGCAGGUGCGAACGAAGAAAUCCCUCCAGAGCUUCAGGCCUCUUUGAAGACAGCUGUACAGAUUGCACUUGCUGCUGAUGAUUUGAUGAUGAGUCUGGGUGCUCGGGCCACUGACUCUGUCUGUCAGGCUGUGAGGUCGGCCCUUGAUUCCAUCUGGAGCCUUCUCGCAGUCAAAGAUGCAGCUGGUGUCCUCAAGGACAUCCCUGUGGGUACCAAGGUUAAAGCAGAAAACGUAAAGCCACGUCCCUUGGUCCGCUGCUAUGUUAGACUUAUAGGGACACAGGUGGAUAUUUGGCCUCGUCCGAUGGAGAUCCAGGCAGCUCUACGCAGCAUCGUGGGCGGAAUCGAGAGUUGCUGCAAAUGUGUCCUGGCUUGGGGUUCUGACGGUCGCAAACGCGAAAUCAAUGAGAAUGCUCUCAAAGCCGGAGCAGAGGGGAACGACUAUCCCCCCGAGGGCGCUUCCCUCACCGCUGGCAGCACCUCGCAUACCUCGAUGGAAAACAAGAAUGUGAGCAUGGUAAUGCCCAAUUCGAACAGUAGCACUCGAACAGAAGUAGGCGAGACUGGAAGUUCUGCUUCGCCAGGUGUGCCAUCGGGUUCAGGGAGUUCCAUGGGUGUUGGGGGAGGGGCCGAGGAGGACGGGGUUGGAAACGCCGAUGGCCAGGCCGCAGGAGCCACAAUUCCCGAUGGAGUUAAAAAGACUCGGACUUCUCGCAACCAAUCUAUUACCAAACAAAUUAGUAGAAUACUGGAAUCUGACAACGCCCUUCGCUUUAAUACGUACAAGGAUGUUCAUGCCGAUCGGGAGGUCUAUCGUCUGCGCAGCUUCAUAUCGACCAGCAUGCAGCAAAUGAAGAUGAUUGUCUUUGAAAUGGAUGGUUCGAUUUACGAGACUGAAUCUCUCACAUCCUAUUUGGAUCGGUUCAGCUAUAUCUAUAAAAGUGAUACCACCGCUGAAAUGGAAUCCUUCCUUCAAACGGAACCCACUAUGUACGAUUUCCAAAAGAAGUUUGCGGAACUUGGAAGUUGCGAAGAACAGGUUGAUAAUGAGUGUGAUCACUACGUAGUUGGUCCUCUUUAUAUCAGUUUGGAUGAUUUCAAACGCAAGAUUAAGGCAAUGAUCAUCACUCUAAAGAAGAAUUAUGUUCAAGCCUUCAUUAGUCAAUUUAUCGCACCGCUGGAUGAGAUCCAGAAUCAACUAGAGGAGUGGGAUCGGAACCUCACAAAACAUGUUGUCAACCUCGACGACAUUGCUUUCGUCAUGGAAACUCUAGCUGACAUACGAGAGAAGGAUAUCGAUCUCGACAUGUCACUUAUUCAGUGUGAAGAUGCAUCGAAUCUUGUCUCCAAGUACAAUGUGCCCUUUCCUAAGGAGCUGGCUGAUCGUGUCGAGUCAGUCCGUUACGCCUACCUCAGAAUAAAGGAAAAAGCACUGCAACAGUUGGAUCAUAUUCUAAGCAUCCAAGCUGACUAUAAAGAUGGUCUUCUAGAGAGUAUCACGGCUCUCAGACAGGUGGUUGCAGAAUUUGAGGUUGACUAUGACGAGAAGGGACCAAUGGUCCCAGGGCUGAUGCCACAAGUUGCAUUGGACAGACAAAUCCAAUUCAAGAACCGCCAUGACAACCUAACCCGUAAGGUGGUGACCGCUAACAAGGGCGAGCAACUCUUCGGCCUGCCCAUAUCGGAUUAUUCGCGUAUAGCACAGAUUGGCAAGGAACUGGAAUUGCUGCAGAGGCUUUAUGGGCUUUACAAUGAGGUUAAUAAGACCGUCAGUGGCUACUAUGACAUUAUCUGGCGAGAUGUCAACAUGGAGAAAAUUGCCGCUGAUCUGGAAGACUUUCAGAAAAAGUGCAAACGUUUACCAAAGGCACUUAAAAGUUGGCCAGCCUACACAGAUUUGGAGAAAACUAUUAACGACUUCAACGAGAAGGUUCCUCUUCUCGAGAUGAUGACCAACAAAGCCAUGAAGCCGCGUCACUGGCAACGCCUCGCUGCCCUCACUAACUACAGUUUUGACGUUGAGUCGGAAGGCUUCACUCUAAAAACUAUGCUCGAUGCCCCAUUGCUGGAGUCCAAGGACGACGUCGAAGAUAUUUGCAUCUCCGCUGUUCGUGAGAAGGACAUUGAGGCAAAACUUACUGCCGUUGUUGCUGAUUGGACCAAUCAAGAAUUGAAACUUGCGCCUUUCAAGUCGCGAGGUGAACUCCUCCUGAAGGGUGAUAGAGUGUCUGAAAUAAUGCCAUUGCUGGAAGACUCUCUGAUGAUUCUCGGCUCGCUUAUGAGUAAUAGGUACAAUGUGCCUUUCAAGAAACCCAUCCAAGAGUGGGUUCAGAAGUUAAGCGUCACCAGCGAAGUUCUUGAGAACUGGAUGCGUGUGCAGAAUCUUUGGGUCUACCUGGAAGCGGUGUUUGUCGGUGGCGACAUCGCCAAACAACUUCCACAAGAGGCCAAGCGGUUUCAGACUGUGGAUAAAGCAUGGGUUAAGGUCAUGGAUCGGGCACGCGACAAUCCUGGUGUCAUAGCUUGCUGCGCUGGGGACGGUGCGCUAACGGAGAUUCUGCCACGCCUGCUGAACCAACUUGAGGUGUGUCAGAAGUCCCUGUCGGGCUAUUUGGAGAAGAAGCGUCUCAAGUUUCCAAGAUUCUUUUUCAUCUCUGAUCCAGUCUUGCUGGAGAUUCUGGGUCAGGCAUCUGAUCCCACUGCUAUUCAACCUCACUUACUGGCUAUCUUCGAUAAUACCAAAAGCGUUCUCUUUUCUGACAAGUCCCUCGAUAUCCUUGCAGCCUUCUCUAGUGAAGGCGAACGGCUAGAUAUGUUCAAACCUGUCAAAUGUGAAGGACAGGUAGAGACCUGGUUGACUAUACUACUUCGCACUAGUCGUCUGUCAAUGCACCUUAGUAUCCAGAAGGCUAGUUUCUUAAUAAUGGACCCAGCUUGCGAGCUGAUCGAAUUUUUCACAGCCCAGUUGGCUCAAAUCGGCAUUAUUGGGCUGCAAAUAAUCUGGACAAUGGAUGCCACCGAAGCCCUGAAGGAGGCCAAGGCCGAGCCCAAGGCCAUGGUCAAGACAAACAAGCACUUUUUGGAUGUACUGAACCUCCUCAUUACCGAGACCACAAAGAACCUGAGCUCCCUCCAGCGAACCAAAUUCGAGACCCUUAUCACUAUCAUGGUGCAUCAAAGGGACAUUUUCGAUGACUUGGAGCUGCCAGAAAACUUGAAAAUCAACUUCCGCAGUGUGGCUAUGAUGGUGCCUGAUCGACAGAUCAUCAUCCGCGUAAAGUUGGCUGCCUGCGGCUUCGUGGAAAAUAUUAUUCUUGCUCGAAAGUUCUUCGUGCUUUACAAACUAUGUGAAGAGCAAUUGACUAAGCAAGUUCACUAUGAUUUCGGUCUCAGAAAUAUUCUGUCUGUGCUGCGUACAUUGGGUGCUGCACGUCGAAAAAAUCCUGACGACAGCGAAGAUCGCACGGUAAUGCGUGGUCUUCGAGACAUGAACCUGUCAAAAUUGGUCGAUCAAGACGAGCCGCUCUUUAUGUCACUGAUUGACGACCUCUUCCCUGGCAUCACACUACAAAAGGACAGCUACCCAGAUCUUCAGAGAGCUGUAGAGGGUGUGGCUGACCAAUUCAACCUAGUCAACGAUCCUGCCUGGAAUUUAAAAGUCGUUCAACUCUACGAGACACAAAACGUUCGUCACGGUAUGAUGGCCCUUGGACCCUCUGGCGCCGGUAAAACAGCUUGCAUCAGGACUCUCAUGGCGGCCAUGUCGAUAUUCUGGGAGCCUCACAAGGAGAUGCGGAUGAAUCCGAAGGCCAUUACUGCGCCUGAGAUGUUUGGACGUCUGGACGUCGCGACCAAUGACUGGACGGACGGUAUUUUCUCAACUCUCUGGAGGAGGACACUGAAAAAGAAAGUUACUGAGCACAUAUGGCUCAUUCUUGACGGCCCAGUGGAUGCCAUUUGGAUUGAAAACCUUAAUUCUGUACUCGACGACAACAAGACCCUGACCCUAGCUAACGGCGACCGAAUCCCAAUGGCACCAAACACAAAAAUUCUAUUCGAGGUCCAUAAUAUUGAUAAUGCAUCGCCUGCCACAGUCUCUCGAAAUGGCAUGGUAUUCAUGUCCAGUUCCGUACUUGACUGGUCUCCAAUAUCUACGGCUCGGCUGAAUCACAGACCAGAAAAUGAAAAGAGCAAGUUCCACGAACUCUUUGAGAGUUCAUUCCCUCAAAGCUAUCGAUUCAUCUCUCAGAACCUUACAGUAAAAAUGCCCUAUUUGGAGGCCUUUUUUGUCCAUCAACUCUGUACAUUGCUUGACGGGUUAUUGACGCUUGAAAAUCAGCAAGCUGGUACGGACGUGUUUCUGGAACGAAUAUACAUUUUUGCGUUGAUGUGGUCUUUGGGAGCAUUGCUGGAGUUAGAUGACAGAUCUCGUUUAGAGAAGUUCUGGCGAACCGAACUCGACGUAAGACUGGAUCUUCCAUCUGUUAAUGACGCCAACUCUGAAACUGUCUUUGAGUACUUUGUCGAUAACACGGGGAAGUGGGCUCACUGGUCGACCCGCAUUGACCCCUAUAUUUACCCGAUCGAUAGUGAUCCAGAGUUUUCAAGUAUUUUGGUACCGAACGUUGACAACAUCCGGACUGACUACCUAAUCAGACUCGUUGCAAAGCAAGAGAAGGCCGUCCUUCUAACUGGAGAACAAGGUACCGCAAAAACGGUCAUGUUAACAAAAUACAUGACUAGUUUCCCUAAGGAGACUCACACCUUCAAAUCCUUUAACUUUUCCUCCGCCACUACCCCAGGCCUCUUUCAGAGAACCAUUGAGAGCUUCGUUGAAAAGCGUGUGGGUACAACAUUCGGCCCACCAGCUGGCAAAAAGAUGAUUGUAUUUGUGGACGAUAUCAGCAUGCCAACAAUCAAUGACUGGGGUGACCAAGUAGCAAAUGAAAUUGUCCGUCAAACAAUGGAAAUGAAAGGCUUCUAUAGUCUAGACAAACCUGGAGAAUUUACCAGCAUUGUUGAUGUUCAAUUUUUGGCUGCCAUGAUUCAUCCUGGAGGUGGUCGCAACGACAUUCCAGAGCGGUUAAAGCGUCAGUUCACCUGCUUCAACUGCACCUUGCCAAGUAACACCUCGAUAGACAAGAUCUUUAGCACGAUCGGUUUGGGUCACUACUGUGUUGAACGCGGUUUCUCCGAAGAGGUGGUAAACACUGUUAGGGAUAUGGUCCCGGUUGUGCGAAAGAUUUGGCAGCAGACUAAGGUCAAGAUGCUCCCUACGCCAGCCAAAUUCCACUACAUUUUUAAUUUGCGUGAUCUCAGUCGUAUUUGGCAAGGCGUUAUCUAUGGAACUAGUGAGGUCUUCACUAGACCCGAUCUCAUCAUCAAGCUAUGCAAGCAUGAAAUGACUCGAGUCAUUGCAGACCGUUUCAUCGACUCAGUAGACUUCGAGUGGUUUGAUAAGAAUUUUAAUCGGACGUUGGAUGACAUGAUGGGCGAAGAAAUGGCCGCACAUGCUCAAGAAGAAGUCCUUUUUGCCGAUUUUAUGAGGCAAUUUACAUUUUGUACGUGGUUUGACCAUCUUGUACGUGAAAUGUUUAGAGAUGCACCGGAAGUGACGGGCGAGGAACCCGAGGACUUUGACUUCUCCGCUCCAAAGGUCUAUGAGCCCGUUGAAAACGAUGUUCUUGUGAACCGUCUAAACAAUUUUCUCACAGAGCGGAACGAAAACAUUCGGGCAGCGCCAUUGGACAUUGUUUUCUUCAAGGAUGCAGUGGUUCACUUGAUUAAAGUUUCAAGGAUUAUUAGGACGCCUCGUGGAAAUUGUCUCCUGGUAGGUGUUGGUGGUUCUGGCAAGCGAUCGGUCACCAGACUCGCCACCUACAUUGCCGGUUACGUGGACUUUAACAUAGUUCUGACAAGAACCUACAAUGUGAACGAUUUCUUAGAAGACCUGCGAGUUCUUUAUCGCAAGGCAGGUCAGGAAGGCAAAGGAGUUACAUUCAUUUUCACGGACUCCGAUGUAAAGGAUGAGGCUUUCCUAGAGUACAUAAAUAAUAUGCUUGCUUCUGGUAUGGUCUCGGGUUUGUUUAGUCGCGACGAUAUCGACGAUAUUCUUGGUUCCCUCAUCCCCAUAAUGAAAAGGGAAUUUCCACGCCGACCCCCAGACAAUGAAGUUCUUUAUGAGUACUUCCUCCAGCGCAUCCGCAAAAAUCUUCACAUAUGUCUGUGCUUUUCUCCUAUUGGUGAAAGAUUUCGUACUUGGGCACUCUACUUUCCCGGUUUGAUAUCUGGUUGCACCAUUGACUGGUUCCACAAAUGGCCCACGGAUGCUCUUCUGGCUGUAGCCGAACAGUACCUCGGUAGUUUUAAUAUUGAGAGUACUCCGGCCGUGAAGGCUGGUGUCAUCAACCUUGUCGCCACAGUUCACGACGACGUUGCUAUCCGAUGUGAGCAGUACUUUAAACGAUACCGCCGAACAACCCACGUCACACCUAAGUCUUACAUCUCUUUCCUCAGUGGAUAUAGCAAAGUUUAUAGCCAACAAUUUGCCAGUAUACAAGCUCUAAUCAGCCGUUUGUCUUCUGGCCUGCAGAAACUAGAUGAAGCCCAAGAAUCAAUCGCCAAAUUAAGCGUUGAGCUUGUUGAUAAAGAGAGAGAACUUCAAGUUGCCAAUGCUGAAGCCGAGGUCGUGUUAGCCGACGUGAUGCAGCAAACUCAGGCUGCCGAACAGGUGAAAAACAAGGUGCUGGUCGUCAAAGACAAAUGCGAAAAAAUUGUCUCUAGCAUUGCAGCUGAGAAAGCCGUAGCAGAAGAAAAACUUGAAGCUGCCAGACCGGCGUUAGAAGAGGCUGAAGCGGCCUUAAAUACUAUCAAACCUGGCGAUAUCGCCACGGUGCGUAAGUUGGCCAAACCUCCGCACUUGAUUAUGCGAAUUAUGGACUGUGUCUUGCUUCUGUUUCAACGCCCGCUCCUCCCCUUCCAAGAGGACCCCGACCGACGCGGUUGCAUGAAACCCUCUUGGGCAGAUUCCCUAAAAUUGAUGGCUAACACAAAUUUCCUCCAAAACUUAUUAAAUUUCCCCAGGGAUUAUAUCACAGAAGAGACUGUUGAUUUGAUGGAACCUUACUUCAUGGCUGAGGACUACAAUCUGGAAACAGCAAAAAAAGUAUGUGGUAACGUUGCAGGACUUUGUGCCUGGACGACGGCUAUGGAGAAAUUCUACUGGAUAAAUCGAGAAGUUAUUCCGUUGAAAGACAACCUUGCUAAGCAGGAAAUAAGGCUUAAUGCUGCUAAUCUUGAUCUUUCCAAAGCGGAAGGGCUUCUAGCGGAGAAGGAAGGCCAGCUCGCUGUUGUGCGUGCUCUAUUUGAAAAGGCGAUGGCUAGAAAAAAGGAACUUGCUGAUGAUGCUGAAUCUUGCCGAAGACGUAUGGCGACAGCGACAACCCUUAUUGAUGGAUUGUCGGGCGAAAAAAUUCGCUGGACAGAGGAGACUCGGACUCUUGGUGGGCAAGUCACACGUCUUGUAGGAGACGCUCUAAUGGCUACAGCCUUCCUCUCGUAUUGCGGAUGUUUUAAUCAGGACUUCCGAAACCAAACCACCAACUCCUGGGUGAAAAGUCUUAUUAAAAUGAAAAUUCCCCACACUCACAAUCUCGAUCUGAUUAAUAUGCUGACGGAUGGCCCCACGAUUGCUGAAUGGAACCUAGAGGGACUUCCUAGUGAUGACUUGUCCAUUCAGAAUGCGAUCAUUGUGACACAAGCCUCCAGAUAUCCACUUUUAAUUGACCCACAGAAUCAAGGAAAAAGCUGGAUCAUAAGUCAUGAAGCUGCACAUGAUAUGAUGGUAACCACACUGGAACAUAGGUACUUUAGAACACAUUUAGAGGACGCGUUGUCGCAGGGACGGCCACUCCUCAUUGAGGACAUUGGUGAAGAGUUGGAUCCGAUUCUCGACGAAAUUUUGGAUAAAAAUUUCCUCAAAUCUGGUAGUGGUUUUAAGGUCAAAGUUGGAGACAAGGAGGUGGAUAUUGGCAAGGGUUUUACUCUUUAUAUCACAACAAAGCUACCCAAUCCCGUCUACAGUCCUGAAAUUUAUGCCAGGACUUCAGUCAUUGACUUCACUGUCACAAGCAAGGGUUUGGAAGACCAGCUGUUAGCCCGUGUUAUACAGACAGAAAAAGAAGACUUGGAACAAAUGAGGCUAAAAUUGGUUGCGCAGAUGACAGCAAAUAAGAGACGUAUCCUUGAAUUGGAGGAUAGUUUGCUGAAACGUCUUGCCAGCACCCAAGGAUCACUGGUUGACGACCAGGGUCUAGUUGACAUGUUGCAGACAACUAAGACCACAGCAAUUGAAGUGUCUGAGCAGAUCGCUUUGGCACAGGAGACUGAGACUGAAAUAACUGCAGCAAGAGAAGAGUACCGUCCCAUCGCAGCUCGCGGCUCCCUCCUCUAUUUCCUUCUUAGUGAAGUUUCCGCGGUGAAUCCCAUGUACCAGACAGGUCUCGGUCGUUUUCUCAAGCUAUUUGAUGAGUCGAUGGAGCUGUCUGAGAAGACUGCUGUCACGGCUCGUCGAAUCAGCAACAUAAUUGAGUACAUGACCUACAGCAUAUGGGCCUUUGCUGUUCGUGGCAUGUUCAAACUGGAUAAGACAAUGACCACACUUAUGUUAGCUCUUCGCAUUGACCUUCAGAGGAAAGCAGUCCGACAUGAGGAAUUUAUGGUAUUCAUUCAGGGAGGGUCUGCACUGGAUCUGAAAAUGUGUCCUCCGAAACCGGGAAAAUGGAUUUCCGACCUUACAUGGCUCAAUCUGGUCGCCCUUUCCAAGCUCACAGAGUUCACUACCAUUGUUCAACAGGUAACCGGCACAGAGAAACAGUGGCGACAGUGGUUUGACAAGGAAGCCCCUGAGGAGGAGGUGAUUCCGUGCGGUUACGAGCACACCCUUGACGUUUUUCGUCGUCUUCUUCUAGUUCGUUCAUGGUGUCCUGACCGAACUCUUCAACAAGCUAAGAAGUACAUUGUGCACUCCCUCGGUCAACCCUUCAUCGAAGACGUCCCCGUCAAUAUAUUUGAGCUUUUCAAGGAAUCGGAUGCAAAGACACCACUAUGCGGUCUUCUCAGCAUGGGUGCUGAUCCAACUCCCUUCGUUGAACAGACAGCACGUAAAUUGAAGAUUAAUUUAGGUGUAGUUUCAAUGGGUCAAGGUCAGGAGGUUCACGCCCGCCGGUUAAUUAAAGCAGCACUCGUUGAAGGGAAUUGGGUACUUUUGCAAAACUGCCAUCUAUGUAUUGACUACGUGCUUGAGCUCUUUGAGACUCUUGCUAGUAUGGGCGAUAGCGGCCCCAAAGGUGGCCCUAAGGAAGGUUCAGAUGGGGCUGCUGCUGGUGGCGAAACCCAGGAAGAGGGAGGAGGAACAGGUGAGGGAGGUGCCGGAGCCCCUGGAUCCGAUGCCCCGCCCCCUCCACCCCCAAAACCGGCUUACCACGAGCGCUUUCGUCUCUGGGUCACCACAGAAGAACAUAAGAAGUUCCCGAUCAAUUUCCUCCAGAUUGCUAUUAAGUUCACCAAUGAACCACCCGAAGGCAUUAAAGCCAAUCUUACUCGUACGUAUCUUAGCUUCACUCAGGACUUCUUGGAGAUUUGCGUCACAUACCACUGGCGCGUCAUGCUCUAUUCACUGGCUUAUCUCCAUUGUACGGUUCAAGAGAGACGAAAGUACGGACCUCUAGGCUGGUGUAUUCCCUAUGAAUUUAAUCAGUCUGACUUCAAUGCCAGUGUGCAGUUUGUGCAGAAUCAUCUCGAUAGCUUGCAAUUCAAGAAAGGCCAAAAAAUAAGCGGCAUUGACUGGAAAUGUGUUUGCUACAUGAUUUCUGAAAUACAAUACGGUGGAAGGGUCACUGAUGACUACGACCUUCGUUUGCUCAAGUGCCUCACUCGCAACAACUUUCAGGAAGCCAUGUUUUCACCGGAAUACUUAAUAGUUCCACGCUAUCCCAUCCCACUUUUCAACUCUGUUACCGAGUACCUGCAAUUUAUAAAGAAUAGCUUGCCGCCGUACGACAGUCCCGAGGCAUUCGGUCUCCAUGUUAACGCCGAACUUAAUUAUUCAACGCAGACUACACGCCAAAUUCUUACAACGAUAGUUUCUAUCCAACCGAAGGACUCUGGAGUGGAUUCGGGUGGCGGAGAAGGCAAGGACGACAACGAGGAUGGAGGGGCCAAAGAAAAAGUUGAAACACGUGAAUCAGUUGUCCACCGAAUCUGCACGGAAAUGCUCAAAAAGCUCCCACCAACCUACGUGGGCUUUCAAGUGGCAGAUCAGCUAAAGGCUCUUGGAGCCCUGAAACCCAUGACCAUUUUUCUUCGACAGGAGGUUCAGAGGAUGGACAAGGCUAUCAAACUGGUUCUUGCAACACUAACUGAUCUCCGCCUUGCCAUUGAUGGAACGAUUAUUAUGAACGAAGAUCUUCGUGAUGCGCUAGACUGCAUCUAUGAUGCUAAAGUUCCCGCCUUUUGGGUUAGGUCUUCUUGGGAUUCCACAACACUCGGUUUCUGGUUUACGGAGUUGCUUGAGAGGAAUACGCAGUUCUCGACGUGGCUUGAAAAGGGUCGUCCACUGGCAUUCUGGAUGACUGGAUUUUUUAAUCCUCAGGGCUUUCUCACUGCAAUGCGUCAGGAAGUGAGUCGCUUUCAUGAUGGUUGGUCUCUGGACACGGUCAUACUGGCAAGUCACGUGACCAAGAAUAACGUAGACGAAUUGAAGGAUCCUCCACCUGAGGGUGUCUACGUUUAUGGUCUCUACAUUGAAGGAGCUGCUUGGGAGCGCAGAUCGAGCCGAUUGAUCGAGGCUAGACCCAAGAUUCUUUACGAAUCAAUGCCAGUCAUCCACUUGUUUGCUGUACAGGAGGGAAGGAGAGCAAUGGGCGGGCGCUUACCAUAUACGUGUCCCGUUUACAGGAAACCAAGGCGAACGGACCUCACCUAUGUCACUUCAUUGGAAUUGAAUUGUACAAAGAAUCCAGACCACUGGAUCAAACGAUCUGUUGCGCUGCUGUGUGACAUCAAAUAG